GAGCGGCCAUGGCGGUGCCGGUGGCGGAGCCGGCCCGGGCCGGGCCCCGGCUGGGGAUAGCGCUGGGGCUGGCGGCGGGCGCCGGCAUCGGCCUCGGGCUGCUCUGGGCCAUGCGCCGCCGCUCCAAGGAGCCGGCGGGGCCGCCGCGCCACGCCCAGGCCGUGCCCGGAGCGCUGCUCCCGGCGGAUGCGGGUGACGGAGCCGUGCCCAGCCCCCUGCUGAGGCAGGACGAGCAGCUGGAGCUGCUGGAGCGCCUGGACUUCGUGGUGAGGAACAUCGUGGAGCUGAGGAAGGAGGUGGAGGAGCUGCGGAACAGCCUCCAGCAGCUGGCGGUGGAGAUCGUGGGGGAAGUCAGGACCCACCUGGAAGAAACGCAGCGAGUGACUCGCAGGAGGAAGUUCCCCUUCUCCAGGGAGAGAAGUGACUCCACAGGCUCCAGCUCCAUCUAUUUCACAGCCAGCUCAGGCAAUGCCAACACAGAUGAUGGAGAGAGCGAAGGGGGUUACACCACAGCCAACGCCGAGUCCGACUACGACCGGGAGUCGGAGCAGGAGAGCGAGGACGAAGUGAGCUGUGACACAGUGAGGACUGUGCGCAGGGAUUCCCUGGAUCUGGUCCCCGAGGAUGAAAACCCUCUGGUCCUGGAUUCCACGCUGGAGGAGGGCCUGGGGCAGCUCCUGGAGCAGGCUGACCGCCUGCACAGCGGGGAUGAGCGGGACAAGAGAGAGGGGUUCCAGCUGCUCCUCAACAACAAGCUGGCGGUAAAGUACGCGGGGCAGCGCGAGUUCCUGUGGCGCCUGGCGCGGGCGCGCUGCGACGUGUGGGAGCUGACGGAGGACGCGGACGAGAGGAGAUCCUGCGCCAGCGAGGGGAAGGAAGAGCUGGAACUUGCCUUGCAGAAAUGGGAUCAAAGUGCUGAGUGCCACCAGUGGUUUGCCAUCCUGUGUGGGCAGCUGUCAGAACACGAGAGCAUUCCCAAGCGCAUCCAGGCCGGAUAUGUUUUCAAGGAGCACAUCGAUAAAGCCAUUGCCCUGAAGCCACAGGACCCACAGCUCUACUAUCUCCUGGGCAGGUGGUGUUACCAGGUUGCCCACCUGGGCUGGCUGGAGAAGAGGACGGUGUCGGCGCUGUUCGAGGCCCCGCCGACGGCCACGGUGCAGGACGCGCUGCAGAACUUCCUGCGGGUCGAGGAGCUGAGUCCUGGAUUUUCCAAAGCAGGAAGAGUUUACAUUGCCAAGUGCUACAGGGACCUCGGGAACACCUCAGCGGCGGUGCUGUGGAUGAACCUCGCCUCGGAGCUGCCAGCGAGCACCAAAGAGGAUGCAGAAAGCGAGAAGGACCUUGAGGAGAUGCGCUCGGUCUGGGAGGAAUAAUUUUGGAAAAACUCAUGCCCCUGGAUACUGCAGAGACAGUAAAAUUCCAAAUGGAUUCCACGAUCCUGACAAUUCUGAGUGCACUUCAUGGAUAAGCCACAGGAGUUUGCAGGAAAACAUCUUGGAAUUGAUGGGAUAAAACUGUGCUUUAUUUUCCUUUGUAGAGCACUGCAUGUGUUUGAUUUUAGGAUCCCUAAAACUGUUGCAUUCCUAAAAAUGGGGGGAUAUGUGGGGGUUUAUAGGUAGAGUUUGUGAUAUAAAAAUAUUUGUGGUUAUAUAUAUAUAUAUAUGGCAGAUAUUUGUGAGUUAGCUAGUGAUAUAAAUAUGUAUAAUACAUAUUUUUAUAUAUGUGUGUAUCAAUAUAUAUGUAUAUUUAUUUAUUAUAUAUAUAUAUAUAUGCACAUAUAUAUUUUAUGUCACACACUCUGCCUGUGUGAAAUCCUUGCUGGUGAGCUCCCACUUUAUUCCUGAGGAAAACUUGAGCCAAUUUUUUUUCCAGUUUAUUUGUAUUCUCUUUUCCUUAGUAAUUAAUUAAAUCAGUUGGAAUAACUGAUAAAUGCCUUUUGUAGAUGUCUAGGAGGGAUCAAUUUCCAAGCAGGACCAAGGAGCUUUCCUGCACAAUCCAGAGUGGAGUUUAAGAGGUUCAUUAGUCAAAGAAGUGAGGAACAGGAUUUUAAACUUCAGGAUUUCUUCCCAGUGAUGCUUCUGUCUUCACUCACACGAGGCUGAAAACUUCUGUUCCUCCAAACUGUGCUGCUGUGGUUUAGCUGAGUAGGUACUGAUCAGGGACCAGGAUAGAGGAGCAGGAAUAGCUUGUGGCAAAGCUGAUGCUUCCCUGUGCUGAUCUUCUGCCACUGACCAGAUUUAUUCUUUUUGAAUUAAUUGUCUCCUGAACUAAUGAGGCAACGCCGAGGAGGUGAAGCCGACCACUGACAUUCCUCUUGCAGCUCCUGGGGACCAAACAGGAACAGGGAAUUGUGCUGGACGCUGACACAGCUGGGGAAGGAAAACCUGUGUUGUGGAAUUCCCCAAGGAUUUAUCAAAGCUUUGUUGAUAUCCCUUAAAAUUCCAAUGGCAGCUACUGAACACUAAUUCCUGAACGUCUGUUUUAUGCUCGGGUGGUUGUGAGGGGUAGAGCGAGGAGUGUGAGAGUAAAACAUUCCUUAAAUCAC